AAACCCUAGACCCCCUCCUUCCCUCGAUCAGAAGCUCUUCCUCCGACGAACCACGAAGACCAUCAACAGUGAACUCCCUCCCUCGAAGCUCAAAGCCAUAAAGAAGAACAAAUAGAGGACUUCAAUAUAUGCUUUGGGUUGGUACAAUUGCUCCCAUUAUCACUUAUCAACCGUUGAUGGCUUUCUUCUUCGAUGAGUUUCAGCAUCUUAAAAUCCAACUGGAAGAAAUAAAAUCAGCCACCGACAACUUUGCCGAUGACAAAGCUAUCGGAAAAGGUGGAUUUGGGAAGGUGUACAAAGGAGAAAUCUCUCACACUAACGGCCGAAGAAUGGUUGCUUUUAAGCGUCUAGAUAGUAGAUAUGGUCAAGGAAACUCAGAGUUCUGGAAGGAGAUCAUGAUGCUUUCCCGUUACACACAUGAAAAUCUCGUCUCUCUUUUGGGAUUUUGCGAUGAGGGUGCUGACAAGAUUCUUGUGUACGAGUAUGCAUCACGUGGAAGCCUUGAUCGCCAUUUGAGUGCCRCUACUCUCACAUGGAUGCAACGKCUUAAGAUAUGCCUUGGGGUYGCAAAGGGACUAAGCUACCUWCAUGAUCCCAUGGGGACACAACAAAGAGUGCUUCACCGUGAUAUUAARAGCUCCAACAUCUUACUUGAUGAGAAUUGGAAUGCUAAAGUUUCUGAUUUUGGGUUGUCGAAAAUAGGCCCUGCUAAUCAGCAACACACGGCUGUUGUCUCUAAUGUUGUAGGUACCAUUGGGUACCUAGACCCCUUGUAUCUCGAGAAAGGCGUGCUAACCAAAGAGUCGGACGUAUACUCCUUUGGCGUGGUCUUGUUUGAAGCAUUGUGUGGUAGAUUAUGCUUCGAAUAUAGAAAUGGUCAGUGUCAGACUUUAGUGCGAUUGUGGAAACAAAAAUAUAAAGAAAGUAACUUAGAUGAGAUAAUCUUUCAAGAUAUGAUGCAACAAAUGGAUGUGAGUUCUUUGGAAACAUUUUCAGACAUUGCAUAUCAAUGUUUGCAGAAAGAUCCUAAACAACGGCCACCAGUGGCUCAUGUCGUGGAAAAACUUAAGAUUGCACUUCAAUUUCAAGAGAUUUAUGAAGUGAUGGAACUGCCAAAGGAAUAUAGUGCAAUAAUCAAGACUGCAUUAACUCCUCUAAUCUUUAGAUCUGAAGAGGAACUAAAGAGGCUUCUUUCAGAAGGGAUCCUCGUUAAUGAUGGAAAAACGUGGUUUUCAAGAAAUCGGAAUGGUGAACAUUGUGAAUUGAUAUCCGCAAGAGAAUGUUUGAAGUCAGGUGGAAAUGAAUAUACGUCUAAAAAGAAUUCAAGAUUUGUACAAGGUAACUAUAUACCAUAUAGUGGGAGAUUCAAAAUACAUGCCACAACUAAAUUCUUGUCGCCGGGUAUCAUGUACAAAGUAAACCUUGUGUUCAAGUUCUUCUCACCAUUGCAGAACUCGAGGGAACCCACAUUUUUCGAACUCAAGUACCAAUUGGGAGAUGAGAUGGAAUCUUCAAUUUCAUACCUUGCUUAUGGGAGAGAAAAUGGAUGGAUGACGGUUGAAUUGUAUCAUUUUACUAGCAAUAGUACACGUUUUGACCUUGACAUUGGGUUUGAGAGCCUAAUGUAUGAUCUUGACCGCACACGUUUAAAAAUCAUAAUAGAAGGCAUCGAGUUUCUUCCCCUGGACAAAGUGGGAGAUGAAGUGUUAGAGGAUGAGAAGGUGGAUAUGCAACCAACAUCAGAUUCUGAUGCAUAUUGGGAACAAAAGUUGCCAAAUGAUUAUAAACAAAUAAUCAAGUGGUCAAAAGAUACUACCAAAUGGACAACAACACAGGAACUCUAUCGUCUUUUUUGCAAGGGCUUCCUUAUUAGUAAAGGGAAUGGAUUCCUGAUCAAUAAUGGCGACGAGUGGUUUUCUCUAUCAAAAAAUGGGAAGAAAUGUCCAAUGCUAUCAGCAAGAGCGACUUUGGUAAAAUCCGACUGGGAAUGGGAGCCUCUACCCGAAUCAAGAUUCAAAGAAGUGGCUCUUAAUUGUGCUAUCCAAUUUAGUAUUAUCUGCAAAAUCAGAUCCCAAAUACUGUCUCCUCAAUCAGUUUAUGCUUGUUACCUUGUCUAUAAAAUAACAACAAACCACUCCGAGUUUGUGCCUCCUUUGCAAGUGGUAGAUAAAAGACAUGGUUUAAGUGAUCGUCAUUUGGCUAGUUUGUGGUAUAUCUAUCUACUUAGUCCUCAAACCCGAGUUAUCAAUGCAAAGGAUGGUCAAAACACCCACAACCCAUCGAAUAUACCUACAGUCAAAGUCCUUCCACGAUUGAGGAACGAUGGUUGGAUGGAAGUUCAAAUAUGGGAAUUUCAAACUGGUACAUUCAUUGAAAUGAUUUCGAUGCACUUUGAGCUGAGAAGUGCCCCUUUGUGUUUUUGGCCACUUAAAGGGCUUAUUGUGCAAGACAUUCGGCUUGUUGUGCAAGGCAUUGAGUUUAAGCCCUUGUAGAAUCUCUUCUUUAUGAUUCAGCAGACAAUAAUUGUAAACAUUAUAAGUUCUGCUUCCAUUUAUCUUAGUGAUGAUGAUGUACA